AUGUGGCGGCAAAGGAUUCAGUGGGAGAACAACGGGCAGGUGUUCAGCCUCCUCAGCGUGGGCUCCCAGUACCAACCCGCUCGGCGCAGGCACAGCCAAGAGCCCGCGCAGGGCGGCCACGUCUUGCUCCUUAGGGGCAACAGCACUUUUCCGCACGGGGCUCAGGGGGCGGUUACUGAAGCUGCUACGGGCAGAGGCCGCCCCGCCGCCGCUACUGUCGCCCGAAGGCCGGAGGCGCAACACUGGUUCCAAGCUGGCUAUCAGCAGCCAACCAGCAAUAAUGGCGGUGGUCGCGCUGAGGCCGGCGGCAGCCUGCAGGGGGCGCCGCGGGGCAGCUCCCUCGAGAGCGCCACCUCCAGGCCGGGCAACGGGAGUAGCUCGCCGCCUUUGAGCAAUCUCCGGCCGCCGCGCCGCGAAGACACCAUGGUGGGAGACGACCCCUACAACCCUUAUAAGUACACGGACGACAACCCUUACUACAACUACCACGACACCUAUGAGCGGCCCCGGCAGAGCGGCCGCUACCGGCCGGGUUACGGCACUGGCUACUUCCAGUACGGUCUUCCUGACUUAGUGCCAGAUCCCUAUUACAUCCAAGCAUCCACCUAUGUCCAGAGAACGUCCAUGUACAACCUGAGGUGUGCUGCUGAAGAGAACUGCUUGGCAAGCUCAGCCUACAGAUCAGAUGUCAGAGACUAUGAUAACAGAGUGCUUCUGAGAUUCCCUCAAAGAGUGAAAAAUCAAGGCACUUCAGAUUUCUUACCAAGCCGACCACGAUACUCAUGGGAGUGGCACAGCUGUCAUCAACAUUACCACAGUAUGGAUGAAUUCAGCCAUUAUGACUUGCUUGAAGCAAGCUCACAUAGGAGAGUAGCUGAAGGACACAAAGCAAGUUUUUGUCUUGAAGAUACUUCUUGUGAUUAUGGAUACUAUAGGCGAUAUGCAUGUACAGCACACACACAGGGAUUGAGUCCUGGCUGUUACGACACAUACAAUGCUGACAUAGAUUGCCAAUGGAUUGAUAUUACAGAUGUAAACCCUGGAAAUUACAUUUUAAAGGUUAGUGUAAACCCUAGCUACUUGGUACCAGAAUCAGACUACUCCAACAACAUAGUACGUUGUGAUAUCCGCUAUACAGGAAACCAUGCAUAUGUCUCUGGCUGCACAAUUUCACCAUAUUAAGAUGAAAGAAAAUUUAUGCAUCAGUACCUGAGGUUUUGAGAUGCAAUUAUUUUAUAAACUGAAAUAGGAUGUAAAAACUUUUGAAAACUGAAAAAAGGACCAGAAUAUAUACAAAGAAUUUUAAUGUAACUCUGAAGCAUUAAGACCUUCUUCAGAAUUAAUAAUGUAGCUCAAUUCAUGCAUUCAGAUUUUGAGAACAGUGAGAAAUUGGUGCUUUAUUCACAUAAUUUCAAAUUGUACAGCAAGUUAACUCAUUUACAGAAAUGCCUUCCCUUUGACUACUGGAAAUCAGUACACUAUCUGUGAAUGAGCUUAAGCAAUUUAAAGGGUAUUCACAUAGGCUGAGCUCCAAAGAGAAAUUUUAGGUUUCAUCUGAUGGUUCAUGUAUAGCUGAUUCCUCCUCCCCUAUUAUCACAACAGUGCUUUUUUAUGUUUUCCUGUUUUGGGAAGUUUCUUGCUAUAUGACAAAGGGCCAGUACAAAAAUCUAGCUUGAUAAAAAAUAUAGAUAACUUUGUAAGGGUAUUUAAUGCUUAGUGUUCAGCAACAUCCAUUAUUACCUACAUCUUUACAUAUGAAAGUUGUUUACUUCUAAAAUAUUUUGCAGACAAAUAAUCUUAAACCAAAAGUAUAUUGAUAUUUUGACAUAAACUGCUUCUCAGAAGAAUUAUGGGACACUAGAACACAGCCCAUUUCCAGUGCUCACUGCAGACUGUUUUGCACAAUUUUUCUAUAGUUUGAAAGAUUUUCCAUUACAGGUGUUUAAAAACUACUUCCCCUGACUAG